GGGGAGUUCUGUGUGGUCAGUGGUAGAAUCGGUUGUCUAACCGUAGUUGGAUGAUUCGAUCAUUAUUUUCCUCUUCUGUCAACGUUAAGAUCCUGAACUUCACUCCAAGACCCACAAGGUGUACUAUAGAGUGAUUCAACAAUUUGGUUUCUUGGAGUCUCUGUUGAGCCCGUGGGCCAGACCCCAUAGUGGAGGCUGCAGAAACUUCCUUCCGGCCCCAGCAGCUCUGUUUGAGUCCACGGACCCCACCUGGCUUCCGGCUCUUGGGAGGAGCAUCAGGAAGAGAGCUGGAGGGCUGAGGCCCAGCGGGAACAUGCCAGCCAACCAGAGCUCUCCCGGGCCAUCCCUGGCUCUGGCUGUGGGGAGAUGUGACAACCCGUGUGAGGGCUCCGUGUCGUUCGAGGAUGUGACUGUGGACUUCAGCAGGGAGGAGUGGCAGCAGUUGGACUCUACACAGAGACGCCUGUACCAGGAUGUGAUGCUGGAAAACUACAGCCACCUGCUGUCAUUGGGGUAUGAAGUUCCCAAACCAGAAGUCAUCUUCAAGUUGGAGCAAGGAGAGGAGCCAUGGAUUUUGGAGAGAAAAACCCCACAUCAGAGCUGUUCGGAUGGGAGGCUUGGGAUUAAGACCCCACAAAGAAGAAUUUCUGGAAAAGCUUCAUUUCAUAGUGAAAUGGAGGGUGAAGAUACAACAGAUGAUUCAUUGUAUUCCAUUUUAGAAGAACUGUGGCAAGAUUCUGAACAGAUUAAAAGAUAUCAGGAAAAACAGAGCAAACCUCUGAGUCAUGCUGUUUUCAUCAAUAAGAAAAUAUUGAAUACAGAGUGGGACCUUGAAUAUAAAGACAGUGGAAAAUUUGUGCCUUCAAGCCCAAAUCGUAUUCCUUCACAGAAAAGACCCCAUAAACGUGACUCAUUUGGAAAGAGUUUUAAGCAGAAUUUAGACUUACAUACUCCUAGUAAAAACAUUGCAACAAAGAAUUUUGAUAAAAAUAUUGGACGUGGUCAAGUUUUCACUCAGAGCUCUUCUUAUACUAGCCAUGCAAAUACUCCUACAGGAGGGCAAUUCUGUGAAAGUAAUCAGUGUGGAAAAGUCCUCAGCCUUAAACAAGCAUUCAGUCACAAUCUGAAAUUUCCUGCUGGGGAGAAAACAAAUGUGUGUACUGAGUUUGGGAAGAUCUUCACCCAGAAGUCACACCUCUUUGCACCCCAGAGAAUCCAUACUAUGGAAAAACCUCGCGAACUUGGCAAAUGUGUAAAUGUUUUUACACAGAAGCCACUACUCAGUAUAUAUCUGAGAGUUCAUAGAGACGAAAAAUUGUACAUAUGUCCUGACUGUGGGAAGGCAUUCAUCCAUAAUUCAGAAUUAAUUAUGCAUAAGAAAACUCAUACUAGAGAAAAACCCUAUAAAUGCAGUGAAUGUGGAAAAUCAUUUUUCCAGGUGUCAUCUCUACUUAGGCAUCAGACCACUCAUACUGGAGAAAAACUCUAUGAAUGCAGUGAAUGUGGGAAAGGCUUCUCCCUGAACUCAGCCCUCAAUGUGCAUCAGAAAAUUCAUACUGGGGAGAGACACCACAAAUGUAGUGAGUGUGGGAAAGCCUUUACCCAAAAAUCAACACUCAGGAUGCAUCAGCGAAUUCACACAGGAGAGAGAUCUUAUAUAUGUACUGAAUGUGGGCAGGCCUUCAUCCAGAAAGCACACUUGAUUGCCCAUCAAAGAAUUCAUACUGGAGAGAAGCCUUAUGAAUGCAGUGACUGUGGGAAGUCUUUCCCUUCUAAGUCACAACUCCAGAUGCAUAAGCGAAUUCACACAGGAGAGAAACCCUAUAUAUGCACUGAAUGUGGGAAGGCCUUUACCAACAGAUCAAAUCUCAAUACUCACCAGAAAUCUCAUACUGGAGAGAAGUCUUACAUAUGUGCUGAAUGUGGAAAGGCCUUCACUGACCGGUCAAAUUUCAAUAAACACCAGACCAUUCAUACUGGAGAGAAACCCUAUGUUUGUGCUGACUGUGGCAGGGCCUUCAUCCAGAAGUCAGAGUUAAUUACACAUCAGAGAAUUCAUACUACAGAGAAGCCUUAUAAAUGUCCUGAAUGUGAAAAAUCCUUCUCCAAGAAACCACAUCUCAAAGUACAUCAGCGAAUUCACACAGGAGAGAAACCUUACAUGUGUGCCGAAUGUGGGAAGGCCUUCACUGACCGGUCAAAUUUCAAUAAGCACCAGACAAUUCAUACUGGAGAGAAACCCUAUAAAUGCAGUGACUGUGGAAAGGGCUUCACUCAGAAAUCAGUUCUGAGUAUGCAUCGCAAUAUUCAUACAUGAAAGUAACCCUGUUUCUUAAAAAUGAGAAAGCCUUAUCACAGAAGUCAGGUCUACAUGUGUAUUAUGAAAUCUAUCCAAGACAGACCCUACAUGAAUACACUGCAUAAUAAAAAGCAUUUUUCAGGCUCUUGCACCUGAGAUGAGAAAAACUAUUCAAGAGACCCUCUAAGAAUGCAUUGAUUCAAAGGGACUUUUCAUAUUUGCAUGACUUCACAAAAUAGAAUCGAAUCCUGUCAGUUUGGGGAAAAUGCUGUCAGUUUGAUGCAUUAGGUAAAGCCUUCCUGUAGAAAGUGUGAUAAGGCAAAUUGUUACCCAAUUCUUUAUAGAUGGAGUGAGCAAAAUUAUGUAAAUGACAGUCAUGUUUACUGUGUUAUAUUAGGCAAUUUAAAGUGGCAACAAAGUGAAAGGAAGAACAACAAAAUAAUGUAUUUGAUGUGUAAACCUACACUCAGUUCUGUAGGGUGUUUGUGGCAGAACACAUUGCACAACAGAAGGAAUAAUUGAAUUGAAAUUCUUUUUUGAAUUUAAUAUAAUUGUGUCUGUCAAAUAUGUUUCCUAUUGAAUCCUCCCGCGAAUCCACAGUUUUAAUGUCAUUAUGGUUUUAUAUAUACCCACAUCUGCAGAUAUACUCUUACAUGAACACAUAAAUAUAAUCCUAUCAUUCAUACUGGUUUCCACAACAUUCUAUUUUUAUCUUCUUUAAUUGUGGUACAAUGCAAAAUAGCCACAGACCUCUCCCAUCCUUUUAUGCACACCCCUUUGCAAUGUUACUCUUUUUUUCUUUUAUUAAGAGGUAGAACUCUGUCUACUCCUUGACUCUCGGCUUGGCCAUGUGAUUUGCUUUGGCCAAUAUACAUUAGCAAAGAGAUUCAAGAAGAGGCCUGGAGAAAAGUCUGCCUUGAGGCUUAUCUUCUCUUGCUGCUCUUUGGAAUUCUGAGACCUUCCUGUGAAGAAACUCAAGAGUACUCAGCUGGAGGGUGAGAAGCCACAUGGAACAGAAAUGAGCCAGCACAGAUGAGGCCUCUUAGACCAACUGCCAGACAUGAGAGUGAGGCCUUCCUCAACCUCCAGCCCCAGCCAAACUGGCCCACACCAAAAGAGCCAUACCAGUUAACCAGGCCAACCAGAAUUGGGGGAUAAAUAAAAUGAUUCUUGUUUUAAGCUGCUAAGUUUUUGGUAGUUUGUUGCACAGAAAAUGCUAAGCAAUACCUAAAAGUGUAUACUUGCGGAGGUAUUGUACCAAAACCUAAGACAUGUGGCAUUAGCUUUGGGCCUGGGCGGCAGGUGGAGACUGGAAAAACAAUGAGGAAAACUGUUAAGAAAGGCUGAAAAAGAUGGCAGCUUAUGUUAUUUACUAAGGAAAAGAAUAACAAAACAGUUACCAUGCUGUGUGAGAAGAUAGAGAAUAUACCAGAUGAACUUGUGGAUCUGGCUAAGGAGAUUUCCAACAGAAUGUUGGAAAUAUCAAUUGGCUUCUUUUUAGCUGCAUAUGGUAAGGUACAAAAAGAGAUGAACUAAGGAAAUAACUGUUCCAUUUGCAAGCAGAAUUCAGAAGAAAUAUUUAAAAAGCCAGGACUUGCUGGGUUGGAAAGUAACUAUUUCUCACAUCUCCAGUCUCUCCGGACAUCAAAAUAUUCUCAAGGUGAAAAGUGGCCUCAGGGUAGAGAUCAAAUCAUGGGUGUGGCUAUAAGACCCUUUGUUAAAAUGUGUGGAAUAUUUAAGUUGGUGUUUGGGAAACUCUCUCAGCUAAACCAGAUGGCUUCUAAAAACUUCAUGACAUCGUCCAGUAACCUGACAUAUUGAUAAAGUAGAGAAGGGGCCUGUCUUAAAAAGAAUGGUCAGUGUGGCAUUUGGGGCAUGGAGUAAAUACAAACCAGAUUCAUAGAACACCUAUAAAGUUUCUAAUAGAGUUUUACUACCUCCAGGUUGGACUUAAAGGAAUUGAAACAGUCCAAAAUGAAAAGUGGUCUCUGGACUACCUUUUCUAACUUCUAUGAACAUGAAGCAAGCAGAGAAAGUUAUUCAGCUGCCAUUUCUUAUGGAAAAAGAAGGAUGUCUCAGAAAGGAGACCCAAGAACAAUAUAUUAAAAUGGACUGGGAAGCUGUUCCCAGGUAGAACUGUGACCCAAUCAAGAAACAUCCUGCCCCUGGAGCAGGGAGAUCUGACAACAUUUGCUCUGUGGGAUUUCAGAAUUAUUAUGGAACAGUGACUAAUAUGUGCCUCUUGUUCCUCCCUUCUUUUAAAUGAAAGUGUCUAUUGCAGUUCUCCAGUCCCUACCCUAUCUUUCCAUUUGUGUGUGUGUGUUUUGAGUAUGUGUGUGUGUGUGUGGGGGGGGGGUGAUGGUCAUAUAACCUACCAUUUAGCUCACAGGUCUCUGCAUCAAGAAACAAAUUGCACCCAAGGAGCUUCAGCCACAUCUGAACCUGAUACAGAAGACUUGAGGUCCUGGAUUUGAUGCCAUAAUUUGGGAUAAGACAUUUGGAGGUCUUGGAAUGAAGAUGAACAUAUUUUGCAUGGUGUGAUAUAUAAAUAGUGACCAGAAGAUAGAUUGUGUUAGAUAGAAAAACGUUACAAAUUUCUACCAUCCCUAUAUGUGUGUCCCUUUACAAUCUUUAUUUUGCUUUGUGUUUCAGUUGGGAUAACUUCUAUUAACCUAUCUUCAAGUUCACUAAUUUUAACCCCUUCCCUGUUAGGUCUGUUUAACCCCUACUUCUGUUAGGUCUACUGAUGAACCCAUGAAAGGCAUUCUUCAUCUCAGUUAUGUUUUCUUUUUUAUUUCUAGCAUUUCUAUUUGACUCUUCUAGUUUUCAUUUUUCUGCUGGAAUUCCCCAUCUGUUCAUACCUGUUGUUCACACUUCCCACCAUCCUCUCUAACAUAUGAAUCAUUGUUAUUUUAAAUUCCCUAUUUGAUAGUACUAACAACUGGGUCAGCUGAGUCUAGAUUUAUUUUUAUUGCUCUGUCUCUUAACAGCAGAUUGUUUAUUCUGUUUUGCAUCUAAUAAUUUUUGGCUGAAUGUAAGAUAUUGUAUGUAGGAGAGUAGAAACUGAGAUAAAUAAUAUUUAUUCCUGGAAAUAAUCAUGGCUGCUCUUUUGAUAAAUCAUUAGAGAGGAAGGGGGGAAGGUCCAUCUAGUCAGAAUUUGGGCUGGAUUUAGGUUUUGUUGUUGCUGUGGUUAUCUUCAUUGUACCGUAGACUUCAAAUUUCUCUAGUAUUACCUUGGGCUUAAUGUAGGCAUUGGUUUUACAGAUCAUUUUUCUCAAUAUUCUUGCACCACCCUUGCCUUUAGACCUUUCCUGUGUGCCUGCAUCUCAGGGAGGAUCUCUCUCCAUGCCCAUGUCUCUCCCUUAGUAGUAGACUACUGUUAUUACUUGGGUCGUAGUGACCCGAUGAGUAGGGGGCAGGAGUUGUCCUAAACCAACCUUAGUUUUAGGCAGGCCCUGUAUCCCUAGGUCUUGAGGGUGGUGCUUUUUCAGUGAUCCUGCACCUCCCCAUUGGUAAAAUGCCUUUAAUGGUCUGAGCUCAGGAUGAUUACCUGCCCUUCCCCCAAGAAUGGAAGUUUUUUUUUUUUUCCCUUUUCCCUUUUCCGUUUUCUCUAGCCACAGUGGAUCUGCACCUGUAUCUGGGAACAACAGGGUUUGCAUCACUUCUCUUUAAGUGGCUUAAGGCUUUUGUUCAUUAAGGAAAUAGGGUCCCAUUGGGGCUUCAUGCCAUUUCUGUAUCAGCAGCUUUCCCAUUGCAGGCCUAUACCACUGAGAGAGGCUUUCUCCAGUCUCCUUCCCUACCCCCAUUAUUUCUUGUGAGGAUCCAGUGGAGGUUUGUAGGGAAGAGCUUGCAAGUGAAGGCCAACUACCUUUAGGUCUCCAGCCCUCAGUGCUUCUGUAUUCUCAUAUUAUCCCACACUCAGCCUUUGAACUUCAUUAAAACUUCUUGCAACUGCUGGCAUGGUGGGCCCAUAUUCCUUCUUGCUUUGCCACAGGUGAUCCAGGGACAACUUCGUGUCUCCCUUGAGGCACUUGUCUUAUAUAUAAGCUAGUUGGUUGCUCUAUGAUCUUAGUUCUCUGGUGAGUUCAAGAAAAGUUAUGAUUUUAUAGAUUACCCAUAUUUUCUUCUUAUUAUAAGAAUGGGAGCUAUGCUCUUUCCAGAUGUCUAUAUCCUAGGCAGAAGCCAGAAAUCUGGACGGUCUCCUUUGGCCACUAGCAGCAGAAAAUAUGCCCCCCCCCUUCAAUGUGACUCUUCCACUUCACCCAUCAAGAGAGAGAGUCUAUUUCUCCAUCCCUUGAAACUGGGAUCGCCAUUUCUUUGGCCAAUGGGACAUUAGCAAAUAUGACAUAAGCAGAGGUUUGAUAAGUGCUUGCAUAUUGAGGUUUGCCCAUUCUUGCUCCUCUUUGGAAUCCGAAGGACAAGGGUUGUGCUAUUAGAUGAUGAGAGACUUCAUGGAGCAGUGAUGGAACAGAGAUGACCCAUCCCAGUUAAAGUUCCCUAUGCCAACCAGAUUUUCAUUUGCCAGACAUGCAAAUGAAGCUAUACUAACCACCCAACCCUAGCCACCCACAAGCCCACUGUGGUCAGUGUCAUCUGAGCUGACCCUGCAUGAUCCACACUUCCUGGUAUCCACGCCUUUUUAUAAUCUCCUCCUCAAGCUUGGGCUGGAUUUAGUGACUUGAUUCUAAUAAAUAGAAUGAGGCUGAGGUAAUGGGAUGUUACUUCCAAGGUGAGGUUACAGAGGGAUGUGGCUUCUGUUUUGGAUACUCAGAUGGCUCACCCUAGGGGAAGCUAGUUGCCAUCUCAUGAGGCAGAUCUAUGGAGAGACCCAUGUGAGUGAGUUUGGGAACAUAUCCUCCCAGCGUAGCCUUCAGAUGAGAGCCCCAAAUGACAGUCUUUUGAAGAUCUUCAGCCAGAGGCACCCUUCUGAGCCUCACUUGAAUUCCUGACCCACAGAAACUGUGAGAUAAAUAUUUGUUGUUUUAAGCUGCUAAAUUUUAGGGUAACUUGUAACAUAUUAAUAGAUUAAUAAUACACUGACCCAGACUAGAAAAACUCUGCCAUCCAUCUCACCCAUCCCAGACAACUCACAGAAUCAUGGAUUAAGUAUUGAUUGUUUUAAGCCACUAAGUUUUGGGUGGCUUGUUACCCAGAAAAAGGUAACUAAUACAUUUACUAUUUACUGAAUUUCCUUCUCCACUCUUCAUCUCCAACAGAUAAACAGUACUAAUCAACUACUAUGAACACUUUUCAUGUUUUAAUCUGUGCUCUUAAUUAUAUAUAGACAUAUGUAUGUUACCAUGCUUAUAAUCAGAGAGAAGCUAUGUAAGAAUUGUUUUUUUCCUUGAUUUUCAAAUAUGGGAUCUUCUCAUACAACUGUCUCUGCAUCUUGCUUUAUUCCCCAAUAAUAACUAUGUUGAAUGGUUGCAUGAUAGUUCAUAGGGAUGAAUAUAAAAUAGUUUAUUCAAUCUUUUUCUUAUUAAGGUUUAUACACCUGUCACUUCUCAGCCUUUUGGCUAAGAUCAAGUGAAGAUUUAGACACACACACACACACACACACAUCCUUUUUUCAACCUUUUGUUACUAGGAACAAUGCGGUUAAAAAUAUUAAGAGUUAGUUUGUAUAGUGGUUAGGUAGAUGGGCUCAAGAACCUGUCUGCUAGGGUUUUAAUCCUGGCUCUACUAGUUACUAGCUGUGUUACCGUAGGCAGGUUAGUUAACCUUUUUGUCCUAUUUUCUUCAGCUUUAAAGGAUGUUCACACUAGUACCUAUCUUAAAGAUUUGACAUGAGAAGUGUAUUAGCUUCUUAGGGCUGCUGUAACAAAUUGAGUGGCUUAA